AUGGCCGCGCCGCUGCACACCUGGUUCACUUCGCCCGCGCGGACGCACAGCAACUUAGCGCAGGCGAAAGAGCUGCCCUUGCACCUGAUUCAGCUCAUCCUCACACACCUCGACGAUGUCGGUGACCUCGCGCGCAUCACGCGCACGUCGCGUCUGUUCUACUACAUGACGCUUCCGCGGCUCUACGAGACGGUCACGUUACACUCGUAUGCCGAGAUACGAUACGUAGAUGGCAGGCCAGAAGGCUACGGCAAUGGCAGCCCGUUUGCCAUGGGCCUCAACACGCUCGUGUCGCGAAACUUUGGCGACUACAUACAGACGUUCCGGGUCAAAGGCGAUUGGCGAGAACAUGAUACGGAGGAAUACAAGCAGGGCCGAGUGCCGGACAACAGCAUGAUACUGCAGGUUGUCAUGCGUGCCGCCAUUGACAAGAUGAAGAACCUCAAGGCUUUCGCUUGGGAGCUGAGCACUCCUCCUUUGUAUACCGUCUACCAGGGCAUCGCAGCCAGGACGACGCUUGUCUCGCUCACCCUUCGGUGUCAAACCAAACGAAUACCACGGCCAACCACCAUUAUACCUCCGCUUCCGAACCUGACCACUCUGAUCGUGUACGAUAUCGAUCCUCUCUGCUACCCCGACGAUAUCUCGCUGCUUCUGUUGGGUUCCAAAAAGCUCGAGCACCUCACAUUACACUGGAGUCCGCGCAUGCGGGCUGUAGGCGAAGAGUCGAUUUCGCUGCACUCGUUAUUCGGACGAUGCAUGUCUGCCAAGUAUUCUAUACCUCUUAAGCACCUGGGAAUAUACAACAUCUACACUCGCUUCUCCGACGAUGGCUUCCACCAUGUUAUCCGCCCCGACACCAAUACAGAGCUCACCCUGAUCAACGCCAUGGGCUCCUCGGACCCUAUGACCGUUUUUGCCGACGACUCUUGGAGGAUACACAGUAAUCACCCGACGCCUCACAACCUGAAGGUGAUGCGCACCGAUAAUACGGAUAAAGAGAGCGCUGUCAUGCUAGGCAAAUUCAAGGGCAUGGAGCGGUUUUACAUUCAAGUUGGCUUCGCUUGCUCAGUGCCACCGCUUGAGUCUCUGCGCCAGGUCUUUGCUCUAGUGCCCAAGCUCUGGGCCGUCCGUUUUCUAUUCCGCCCAAGCUCUGACACAAGCGAGGCGCCGUAUCAAAUCACGGAUGCGGAGAUGCAUGCCUUCGCGAUUGGAACAGAGUUUUGGCGACCGGAGUAUAAGAACAUCAAGUACGUUGGCUACGGCGACAGCAUCGUGCUCAAGCUAGGCGACGUUUACUACCCAUCAAAGAAGGAGUCGACACCGAACACCCAGGACAACAGUAUGAACGCGAAAAGAGCAGGACCAAUAAGAAAAGUAACAGUUGUGAGAAGGGAAGAUGUGAAUCACAUCGAGAUUUGGGGCAAGGACACUACGGAAUUCGAUCCCUUGAACCCUUGA